AUGGAGACAAUUGAAACAAUCUCCACUGAUGAAGCAGCAAUGUUUGGCCAGGAUAAUGGACCUGCUGUCAUGUGCAUAAAGGAGGAAUCUGAUCCUCACUCUGAGGUCAAGUUGGUUUAUUUCUGCGAAGACCAAGAUACCAUUAGCACAUCUGAAGAGCAUUUGAUCAAAGAUGGUUCAUGGCAUGGAUCAAUGCCCAAUAAUAUUCUGACCAAUGUAUUCAGCCUCGCAGCGUCACCACUACCAACUGCAGAAAGGGGUUCUUUUGAAAGUCACAUCAACCCAACUUCACAAAUAUUUAGCCCAACACAGACACAGGCCAAUAAUGAAUUGCCAGCUGGAAAUGGUAAUCAAAUCAAAUUGUAUUGGUCACAUGCGCCGAAUACAACAGGUGCAGACAUUACAGUGAAAUGCUUAAUUACAGCCCUUAACCAACAGUGCAUUUAUUUUUAACAAAGAAAGUAAAAAUAAAACAACAACAAAAAAAGUGUUGAGAAAAAAAAGAGCAGAAGUAAAAUAAAAUAACAGUAGGGAGGCUAUAUAUAUACAGGGGGGUACCGGUGCAGAGUCAAUGUGCGGGGGCACCGGCUAGUUGAGGUAGUUGAAGUAAUAUAAUGUCCUCCUGAGUGGCGCAGUGGUCUAAGGCACUGCAUCGCAGUGCUAGCUGUGCCACUAGAGAUCCUGGUUCGAAUCCAGGCUCUGUCGUAGCCGGCCGCGACCGGGAGACCCAUGGGGCGGCGCACAAUUGGCCCAGCGUCGUCCAGGGUAGGGGAGGGAAUGGCCAGCAGGGAUGUAGCUCAGUUGGUAGAGCAUGGCAUUUGCAACGCCAGGGUUGUGGGUUCGAUUCCAGUAUAAAAAAUAAAAAUGUAUGCACUCACUAACUGUAAGUCGCUCUGGAUAAGAGCGUCUGCUAAAUGACUAAAAUGUAAAAAUGUAAAAUGUAAUAUGUACAUGUGGGUAGAGUUAAAGUGACUAUGCAUAAAUAAUUAACAGAGUAGCAGCAGCGUAAAAAGGAUGGGGUGGGGGGGCAGUGCAAAUAGUCCGGGUAGCCAUGAUUAGCUGUUCAGGAGUCUUAUGGCUUGGGGGUAGAAGCUGUUGAGAAGUCUUUUGGACCUAGACUUGGCACUCUGGUACCGCUUGCCGUGCGGUAGCAGAGAGAACAGUCUAUGACUAGGGUGGCUGGAGUCUUUGACAAUUUUGAGGGCCUUCCUCUGACACCGCCUGGUAUAGAGGUCCUGGAUGCCAGGAAGCUUGGCCCCAGUGAUGUACUGGGCCGUACGCACUACCCUCUGUAGUGCCUUGCGGUCGGAGGCCAAGCAGUUGCCAUACCAGGCGGUGAUGCAACCAGUCAGGAUGCUCUCGAUGGUGCAGCUGUAGAAUUUUUUGAGGAUCUCAAGACAUGGUACUGCCAUACCUUAUGUGCUAACCUCAUCUGCUACAGCAAGCGGCUGCAAUGUACCUAAUAGUUCUCUUUGAAGAUAAACACUACAAUGCCAAAUGUAAAACUGGAGAGGAUGGAUAUAUACGGCAGUGUCGUGUCAGUUACUCAAGACCUACGCCAAAAUGGUCUGGAAGAUAUUUGAAAGUACCAUAUGCCAAGUGCAAGGAAAUAGGUUUACAGUUGAAUGUCGGAACUGUAGUGAAACAGAAACUUGAUUUGCAUUUACUGACUAAUGCAGUAAUGGUUGAGGUUUCUGAAUUUGCCAAAUGGAUUAAUAGAUCUCACAAGCACGUUAUUUGUGAUAUUCUAGAAUACAACUUUGAUCUUGGUCUGCAAAAUGAGGUACGAUAUUCAUUUUCGAGCUGGACUAUGUCAAAAUUAAAUGCCAUGCUGAAGAUGCAUUGCAAGAGAACAAAACCAGUGUGGUUAACAGAAGUGUUUGAAAUUCCUGAUCCAAAGACAUUGAAAGCAGGGAAAUACUCUCUUAAAUGGGCAAUGAUACACUUGCAUAACUGUGUGUCAGAAUGUCCUGUAUCUGCUGACAUCAUAAAGGACGAGCCUUUUGUGGACCUGAUAUCUCCUCAGCAUGUGAAGACUGAGAGCAUCAUUACUGAGACGGAUGUAACCCGAUGUGCUGAUGAGACACCAAUACUUGGCGAAGCUCGACAUGAAAAUGGUCCUGCUGAUAUCUGCAUAAAGAAAGAGCAUGAACUGGACAUCAUGUGUCCUCAGCGUGUCAAAGUGGAGACCUCAACUGAGACAGACAUAACAAUGUGUGCUGAUGAAAUGGCACACAGACUUGUAAUGGACCAAUCCUUAAUGGUGCCCACAGUGGAAGAAGCAUUGGCGUACCUCUACCCUCUCUGUAAGGAAAAAGGACUUGACCUUGAUGUGAAAUCAAAAUUUGGGAAAAAAGUUAAACUUGACUUGCAUCUAUUGACCAGAGACGUAAUGCUUGAAGUGGCUGAUUUUGCCUCACAAGUGUGUGGAAUUUACGAGCAGAUUGUCUGUGACGUUCUAGAGCAUAAUUUUGAUCUGGAUUUACAAAGUGGGAAAACUGAGUUGGCUGAACAUAUUACGGGUGCAGUUAGACAAACCCUUUUGCAGAGCAGGACAGGUGGCCGAAAAGGUAAAAGGAGAUGUGCAUUUGAAAAGGAAGCUUUCUUAAAGAAGUUGCGCCAAAGAAAGAAUCCUGCAGAGAUUUCCAGUAACCAAAAGGUCACUCCAGCAUCACAAAAAUGUAAAGAAGAAACACAAAGGAAAUUGGAUUUAAUGAGGAAAAAUAAAGAUAUGGACAUGGUAAUUGCCAGAGCGACAAAGGGAGUCAAAUUUCAGAAAGUCAGACAAGCAGAACGUCAUUGUGUGACGAAAGGGAGCAUCUCUGAGACUGACCUUGCACUUAAUGCUGAAGAAACAAAGCAAACUGUUACCAACUUAGACCAAUCAAAUGUGAUGUCUAACGCAGAAAAAGUAAACGAGCGCUACCCAUGCUGCGGGGAAAUAGGUAUGGACCUGGAUGUUGCAUCCAAACCUGCAAAAACGAAACUUGAAUUUCAUUUACUGACUAAUGGUGUAAUUUUUGAGAUUCAACAAUCGUUUUUUUAA